ACCAUUUCUUCAUAUAUAUCUCUCUUGAUUUAAAUUACAUAGAAAAAAUAAUUAGAGAUAUGGGUUUGACUGGGAAGUUGGUUUCGGAAACGAACAUAAAAUCGGACGGAGAUGUGUUUCACGAGAUCUUCAGACACAGACCACACCACAUUUCAGACAUGAGCCCUGAUCACAUCCAAGGCGUUGAUUUACACGACGGAGAAUGGGGAACCGUCGGAUCACAGAUCUUCUGGAACUACACCCAUGAGGGUAAAAAGAAGGUGGCGAAAAAUAUAAUUGAAGCGAUAGACGAGGAAAAGAAGUCGGUGACAUUCAAGGUGACCGAAGGAGAUCUAAUGGAGCUUUACAAGGAAUUCAAACUGGUCGUUCAUGUCGACACAUCUGGCGAAGACAACGUCGUCACUUGGACUUUGGAGUACGAGAAACUGAGUGAGGAUGUUUCCGAUCCACACACUCUCAUGGACUUGUGCGUGAGCAUGACUAAAGAUAUCGAGUCUCACCAUCUCUAGGCCGUUGCCUAGUUUCAUGAUCUUUCUCCGUAUGUCGUAAACGGGUUUUUCGACUAUAAUGUUAUUGUUAUGUGGUGUUGGUCUUGUGCUUUUAAGGUUGUGUUAUGAAUAAAAGGGUGUUGGUGCCAUUGUUAUUUAAUGUACUUGUGAAAGGUUAAAUGUAGGUGUCUUGGCAUUUUGCUAAGGUUUAUCUACUUGUGAUGUGAAUAAACCAGAUAUUCAUUA